UGAUCAUAUUUCUUCAAUGAAGAAAGCUUAAUAUUCCAAGACCAUCCCAAUUCAUGUCAAGUGAAAGCGAAGAAGAGAAAACGAAAAUCAGAGAAAAACAAUGACAGUAACGGCAGGGAUCGGGUACGCGUUGGUGGCGUUAGGACCGUCUCUCUCGCUCUUCGUCUCUGUUAUCUCCAAAAAGCCCUUCCUGAUCCUCACUCUUCUCUCCAGUACGUUGGUUUGGCUUAUAAGUUUGAUAAUAUUAUCUGGAAUAUGGAGAGCUUUCCUUCCUUUGAAAUCAACAUCAUGGUGGCCUUUUGCAAUUCUUAUAUUGACAUCCGUUGCCUUUCAGGAAGGACUUCGCCUUCUUUUCUGGAAAGUUUACAAGAGAUUAGAAGACAUAUUGGAUGCUUUUGCUGAUAGGGUCUCAAAGCCACGCCUAUAUCUGACGGAUAAGAUGCAAAUUGCUCUAGCUGGCGGGUUAGGUCAUGGUGUGGCACAUGCAGUGUUCUUUUGUCUUAGCCUCUUAACACCAGCAUUUGGUCCAGCAACCUAUUUUGUUGAUAGGUGUUCACAGAUACCAUUUUUCCUUGUUUCUGCAAUCAUUGCUCUUGCAUUUGUAACGAUUCACACUUUCUCAAUGGUUAUUGCAUUUAAUGGGUAUGCUGAAGGGAAUAAAGUGGACCAACUUUUUGUUCCCUCAGUCCAUCUUGCUGCUGGAAUGAUGACUUUGAUAAAUUUUGCAUCUGGUGGCUGCGUUAUUGGGAUUCCUCUUCUCUUCUUGAUGGCGAUCUUGACAUUGAUGCACUGUGGGAGGAUGGUGUGGAGAAGUUUAACUGAAAACCAAAGGCAAGGUAAUUCAUAACAACCACAAACUUUUGCAAAUCCACCUUUGUUUAGUUGCACCCGCACAGUUCCUACGAUGCGGGGUGGUGGACAUCUAAGCCAAGUGAAAGCUCCUUUUCAAAUGGAGUAAGUUUGCAACAUCUAAAGGCCAUUCUUUCAAACCCGUGUCUAGUGGCACGUUUGUGUAUCUACUUGUUUAUGUUUGUGAGGCCUCGUGGAGUUGUAUAGUUUUGGUGUCUUCUCACGGGGAUGGGUAAUUCUUGUAGUUUAUGUGCCAAGACAGCGUUGACAAGUUUCUUCAACAUACAGUCAUGUAUUUACUUUGUCCAAUUCAAUGGACAUUAACAGUUUGGUCUAUCCUGCUGGAGAACGACAUAAUUUUAGUUCUAUUUUCAAUUUGAUCAUAUUGUGAAA